AGGUCAGGGUCGGCUGCCGCUGGAGGUGGCGUUGAUGACCCUGGUCAAUUCGGCUCCUGCCUACCCCAACGUCCUGACGCUGCUGGAGUGGUUUGACCGUCCCAGACGCUACACCAUGAUCCUGGAGCGCCCGCUUCCUUGCCAAGAUCUGGAGAGUUUCUGUGAGGAGAACGGACGCCUGGAGGAGAGUCUGGCCAAGAAAGUGCUGCUGCAGCUGAUCACGGCGCUGAAACACUGCGAGAGCCGUGGAGUCCUGCACCGGGACGUCAAACCAGAGAACCUGCUGAUCUCCACAGACUCACAUGACAUCAAGCUGCUGGACUUCGGCUGUGGAGAUCUGCUGAAAGACUCGGCCUACAAACACUUUGCAGGCACUCUUCAGUACGCCCCUCCUGAGUGGUUUCGGCAGCACCGUUAUCAUGCGGGACCGGCUACGGUUUGGUCAGUGGGGGUGACGCUCUACAACAUCCUGUGCAGCUGUUUUCCCUUUAGAGGCGCAUUGAGGGUCACCUCCAAAAGCAGACUGCUCUUUCCUAGAGAGCUGUCGACAGGCAAGAGACAGAAAUCAGGUCCAGAUCCAGGUGAAGCGUGUGGUUUUGUGUUCCUGAACACUGUGUUGUGUGUAACAGAGUGCCGUCAGCUGAUUCGCUGGUGCCUCAGUGCAGCGGCAUCAGAUCGGCCCAGUUUAGACGACAUUGAGCGCCACCCCUGGUUACACUGAGCAGGUGGCCAAUGACACACACUUAUCUGACUCACAGCAGUCAUGGCUGGAUUGUCUUGUUAGGAUCAGACUAGAUAAAUGCUUCUGAUUGUUUGUAUAGGGUGAGCAGGAGUGACACAGGAAGUGCAGAGAACAGCUUCCUGAUCACCUACAGAAAGA